AUGAGUUUGUAUGGUAAUGAUAAAAGCAAAAGCAACCCUUUUGCAGAUAGCGGAGAAUUUCUUGAGCAGGUUUGGGCACACAGGAGAAGAGAAGGAAGCAACUCUGUGACACAGAGGAGAGUAGAGGGUCCCUCUACCCCUGGUAGACCCGUUUUCAGCUUCAACAACAGUGUUUCAAGAAAGAGCUUCCCUUCCAAAUGGGACGAUGCAGAGAAAUGGCUCACAAGUCAUGACUCCCCAUCUCAUGCUGUAAAGGUAUGUCAAACUUCAAAUAUCAGCAGGCAAAUGGAAGAUUUUGCGGACAAAUCGAGAGUCACAGCAGAAAGGGUGACCAAAGCAUCUUUGGACCACCAUCACUCACUCCACGCUUUUAAUGGGAUCUCAUACUCCACAGACAUUGUAUCAAAAGAUAAGUUCACAGACAGCACAGAGCCCAUUUUCCCAAAUUUCAGGGAAGGGUUUCUGUUUGGAAACCCAACUGGAGAGGCAAUGAAUGAUGCAUGCACAGAAGUGGUUCAUAAGGAUGUUGGCACGGAGAUGAGUCCUCUUGGAAGUUGUACAACUUCGAGAUGCCACACCCCAUUCAAGAGUUCAUCCCCUCCUCGCCAUAACACUCCUGCAAAUAGGUCAGGACCAUUGUCCUUGCCAAACCACAAUAACACUACCUGCACCAUCGAUGUUAUUCGGCUGGAGGAGUGCCAUUUCGCUAAAUUGCAACUAGGAUCGGUCACAUCACAUUGGAGCUCAAGAGAAGAGGAGGAAGAGGAAAUAUCAAAAAGCUUGAGACAUAAUCAUAGCCGAAAAGCUGAAUCAGACUGCAGAGUCCCUACAUGGGAAGAAGAAGAAAAGACCAAGUGCUGUCUCAGGUAUCAGAGAGAAGAAGCAAAAAUUCAAGCUUGGGUAGAUCUCCAGAAUGCUAAAGCCGAAGCACAAUCAAGAAAGCUUGAGGUGAAAAUACAAAAGAUGAGAUCAAACUUGGAAGAGAAGUUGAUGAAGAGGAUGGCAAUGGUUCACCGAAAAGCUGAAGAGUGGAGAGUAUCAGCUAGACGGCAGCACUUGGAGCAAAUCCAGGAGUCCACUGAACAAGCACAAAAGAUCAUGAACCAGUAUAACCCACUAGUUUCUGGCCACAAUUUAUGUGGUUGCUUCCCCUGUAGUAACAAUCAUUACUAA